GCGCGUGCCUUGCAGUUAGUGUCCGCACACGUCUCCUGGUCUUGCGAGAAGACAGAGGAGCGAGCCGUCCACUCGAGCCGUUUGUUGCCUUUCGGAUUUUUUGCCCCGAUUUUUGGCCAAGAUGCCUCAGUUCGGAGAAGACAUGACCAACUCGACCACCAAUAAUCCCAACGUGCCCAUAGUGAUGCACUGUACCAGGAUGGCUGGACGAGCGGUCAUCAGGGUCGUCGGCAGGUGCAACGACGCCCAAGAAACUUGCAAACUUGACCUGUCCGACUGUCAGCUGAUGCAAAUCCCGGACGCAGUGUACCAUCUUAUGCGCAACACUGUUCUCCAGACGUGCGACCUUUCCACAAACGCGCUCACCAAGAUCGGUCCUGGCCUUGCAAAGAAGUUCACCGAGAUCACAGAGCUAAACUUGUCCCACAACAAAAUCACCACCAUGUCCGACCAGAUGUCCGACUUAAACCAACUGCGCAUCCUGGACUUGGCACACAACUCGCUGCCAGCGAUGCCACCCGCCAUUGCCAAGAUGCCCGCCCUAGAGGUUCUUGAUCUUUCGCACAACAGGAUAGACAAUAUUGAUGUGAAUGUUUUGAAAAACGCACCCAGUUUGCGUAUGAUCAACCUGAGUGAGAACCCGUUGACCCUGCCCUGCAUCGCCGCCCUUCGGGAGAAUUUUGAGGUGGUUGAAGCCCCGACCGACAACGCCAGAGGCUUGCAAGUGGUGUUUACAUCCUCCGAGGACGACGACGAUUGGAAAAUUGAGUGAUUUCGCUGGUUAUUUCAAAGAGACCCCGCUGUGUGGGUGAACUGAAAUAAUGAUCUCACGAUGGACUCAACAUCUCAAAGAAAAAAUCGUGCAAGAAAUUUUCUCAAAUCGAAUUUCAAACUAAACUAUUUUUGGUAACCGCAGGGUAACACGAAUUAGUGGCUCAAUUUGCAAAAUGCUUUUUGGCAUUUUUCUUAAUUCACAUAAUAUUUAUAUAUAUCUGUGAUGCGCACAGGGGCAAAGAACGUGUAUUAUAUUUUGUUUAAAAGGGGUUUCUACUAUUUAUUAACUAUCCAAUUAUAUACCGUUGUGAAUCAAAAAAGCCUUCCGUUCCAGGGGCCGAUUGUGUUUGUGAACAUUUAAUCACUAUGUCUAGUCAUGGAUGGACUAACAUAAGUGUUGUGCAAAUGACUAUUAGAUAGCUAUUUGAUUGCAUUGUCUAUUUCUUAAUUGAAUAAAAAAAUAAUACUCAAAAUCACUUUAAUUAACAUAAA